ACGAAGUUUCUGCUUCUUCCACACAAGGAAUGGGAAGACAUGGUAUUGAAGGCUCUCUACAGCAGGGGAGUAAUAGCAGUUUACACACAAGAGGACAAGAACAUCUUGGACCUGGUGUAGCCACUGUGCAAAAUAGACAAGGAUACUGCAACUGCUGCCAUGUACACUACAGUAAUCUCGAACAGCAUGUUUUCAGCUCCCAACACAGACAUUUUACCACUUACUGUAGGAAUCGUAUGGGUACCAGUAGUUUGAUGGAGCGUUUCCUGCAAGACGUUUUGCAGCACCAUCCACACAGAUACCAUGACAGCAGACCAACCUAUGAUGACAUACCGCUCCCUGUCACUCCAGAGACUGCAAGAGAUGCUUGUCUAUCUCCAGAAGAUGCAGAGAAAAAGAAUAACAGAAGCAAACAGGAAGUUUCCAGCAAAGAUCAGGAGUUCAUCGGUGAAAUGAGAUCUUCUGCAUCUCAUAAGGGCACAAAGGAGACUUUUGUAACAGAGGCGUUUAUCCAGAAACCAGAAAAAGGACAGGAACACAUUACGGGAAUAUCCCAGCAGUCUGUGGGGAUCUGUAGCGGUGAGAAAAGGCAUACCCUGACAGAUACUCAAAUUGCAAAUCAUAGCCAUGAAGGCCAGUUUGCAGCUGUGAACGCAGUACCUCAAUGUUUUUCUGUCAGUCCUUUAAUUCAUAGUUCUUCUGUUAAUCCUAAAAUAGUAAAAAAUGUAAGGAAUUUGAUGGCGUCAACUGUGAUUCCACAUAGCGGACAUGAUAAAAAAAGAACGGAGGUAUGCGGUAAGGAUGUUUUAUUGAACCCAUGCUUGAAUCCUGCUCUGGCACUGGUUCACCCCAAAAGACCUUCUGUUUUGUAUCAGAACCCUACGUGCAGCCCCAGCAAUUCUUUAUGUAUUACCUCAGGUCAAUCUCUCUUAAAACGUGAUGGUUUACAAACUCAGGGUGAAACUUUGGUGUCUGACUUCCAACUCAGGGAUACUGUGGGUAUCAACAGCUCCCUAGAUCUUGGGACAUCCCCACAGCUAGCAAGAUGCAAAAAAAUGAAGAUGAACAGAGCUGAUGAAAGUUCAGUGGAUGAAACUAUUGAAGAUGUUAUUCUGAAAUACUGCCAUGAAACUACUUCUAAAGAACUACCUUUCAAAGAAGAAGAGAAUAAUCCCUGUUUGACUUUUUCUUCGCUUCUGGACCAUACUCAUUUAGAGGGCUCUGAAGUGAGUUUUAACUGUGAUGCACCUAUUCAGUCAGGAAUGGACUUACCUAAGGCAGCUAUAAAAGAUAUAGGAUUCCUGAAAGAGGUCCAAAUAAGUCUGCAAGAUAAAGACUAUGGAACACAACUUUUUUCUGUUUUAAAAAGUGAGUCUAUGGAGCAAACAGAAGCACCAAAACAGGAUGUGUUAGUUCAUACUAAAGAAGAACCGGUUCUUCCAGCUCUGCCUCAUGUGCCUCCUUCUUUCGUGGGAAAGACUUGGUCUCAAAUAAUGCAUGAAGAUGAUAUAAAAAUUGAAGAACUUGUGCGUGAUUUCAGGGAAGGUCGUUUUCGCUGCUACUUUGAAAGUGAGUCCUCAGCCAAAUGUGCAGGGAAGAGAAUAAAGAAAAAGAAGCAGAAAGAUGAAAAGAAGAAUGAUACUGUUGAGGGUAAUAGAACUGAAAGUGCAUCUGUUAAAGCACUGCCAGAAUUCAAUGAUGCUUUAAGUGGUGGCUCUGAUUUUGAUAACCCAUUUUUAGCCUCAGAUACACUAUGCAACCCACAGAUUCUUAAAACACCCAGGAAAAGGACAUGGCGCCUGGCUUCAAGAUGCCAAGUGGUUAAAGUGAGCCGUGGCACCCAAACAAGUCUAGUGAACUACCCUGUAGCAAAAAGAAAAAUGGCUAGAAAGGAACCCGAUCCAGCUGAUCAAAAAGCAAACAUUGUGUGGCCAGAGAAUGAAAACACUCCAAACAUGAAAACUAGACUAUGUGCCCUUAAACUUCCCGAGUCCUAUAGCAAGAUUAUGAGCCCUGUUCAGCCGAAGACAGUGGUCUAUGUGCUUUCAUGUCCAGAAAUUAAACAGUGUAAAAGUAAACCUACAGAUAUUCCCAAAAUGAUGAAAAAUCGCAACUCCACAGAUAGCAAGGACUCUAUAAGGUAUAAAUAUAAACAGUGUUCUUUCAAGUAUUAUGACCCAUUGACAAAUCGAAUUCUGAAAACGCCUCCUAAGAGUACAGGUGGAGAAAAGGCCAAAAAGCCCUCUCAUAUCCGACAGCUUUUCAGAAGUCUCAGCUUUGAUGAAAACACAAGGAAAGUAGCCGAUUUCCAGAAAGAGGGCAUGCCUUCAAAAUCCUUUAAUUGGUCCGACUUCAAUAGUUCAGUAUCUUUCCUGCCAGAUUCUGGUAAAGGGAAUGAUAUAGCCUCAAGUCAAAAGACAGAUGGAUCUUCUGUUUCCACAGAAAGAUCGGAGGGUCUGGUAUCUGGUCAUUCUGAGAACUCUUUUAAACACCUGAUCAUUUCGCCUUUGAACUCUCACCCGUCUCAGAUGGAAACAGAUGGUAGAUUGACUCCAUUUAGUGGUAGAGCUGCCAAAAUCCCUUUGACUUCUGUCAAGAGUGAGCGAUUAGAGAGAGAAAAUUCCAAAUCGAGAUGGAAGAGAAAAGAAGGCCCUAAUAAAGAACCAAGUUUUUCCAAAAAGGCUGCAGGACCUAGGUCUGUCAGAUGUACUGUUGGGAGGAGAGGAAACAGAGUAAACCCAGUCAAACAAACUUCUAGAACUAAAAAACAGCAAAAAGAGGGAAAGAAGCUAAGAAGGAAACUCCCUCCUCAUACCCAGAAGUCUUCUGCCUUCUCCAUCUGUAGGCACCAGACAAAGAAGACUACAGUGGGAAAGCAUCGUAAGAAAGAAAAGCCUGAUGCUAAAAAAAUGAAGGUAAGGAGGAAACCAAAGAGGACCUUUUUGAACUCAACAGUCAUCGCAGGGAUUCCUGAAAAGCGGCAGAAAAUUGGAUCAGGAUCCUUUCCGAAGAAGCCAGAGCAAACUGCUUCCAAAAUAAGGAGCUGGGAGGUAAGUGGAGAUAGGGGUCACCCUAGCACUGUGAACCGACCCUCUAGAAGAACCUCUGCUGUACCGUCGCUUCGGAACUGUCUUGUCCUACCAGGUGAGAGCUAA